AUGUGCCACUUUCAGGUCUCCUCACACACUGCUGGUGUGUUCCAUUUUUUGUCAUAGGGUGCUGGCAGAUUACGGGCCUCCCAUAGCUGCUGCCAGGCCCCUAAUCUGCCAUGGGCCCCUGUACCGCCUCCUCAUGCUGCUGCCAGGUCCAGAGUCUCUCAUGGGUCCCUGUACGGCCUCCCAUUGCUGCUGUCUCCAUCGCCACACUCUGCCAUGUGCCACUUUCAGGUCUCCUCACACUGCUGGUGUGUUCCAUUUUUUGUCAUAGGGUGCUGGCAGAUUACGGGCCUCCCAUUGCUGCUGCCAGGCCCCUAAUCUGCCAUGGGCCCCUAGUAUCCGCCUCCUCAUGCUGCUGCCAGGUCCAGAGUCUCUCAUGGUCCCUGUACGGCCUCCAUUUGCUGCUGUCUCCAUCGCCACACUCUGCCAUGUGCCACUUUCAGGUCUCCUCAGCACACUGC